CACCCUACCUCAUACGCCCAGACAGGAAAUGUGCAACCUCGAGCGAAGACCUGACGACAGAAAGGUCCCACAUCUGGAACGUUCGGGUUGGCAACCAACCAGAAGCUUCCUCUUUUGCUAAGUGAAGGAGGCGGAGGGCUGUAAAAAAUCCGCUUGUUUGUUCUGGCUUGACGUAAAAGAAUUUGCUUCGCCGCAAGGGCUGCUGGGAGAAUGGCCGCUGCGGGUCUGGCGUUGCUCGUGGCCGCCUGCGUCCUGUCGGCUCAUCGGACGCGCGCGCGCAACGACGCUCCCUGCCAGCGAUCCCAAUGGAACAACGGCUAUAACACGUUCGUCAAGCGCCACAUUCGCUCGGGGCUGCCCGCCUCUCUGGAUGUGAACGAGUGGAGGAACUACAUCAAGAACAACGGCGGCUGCGACAGACCCACCCAAUCCUUCCUGGACCCGAAAGACCUGGACAGGGUUAGGGCCGUGUGCUCCAGCGCAGGCGGCAAGACCUUCAAGGAGAACCUGUGCAUCAGCCAAGAGCCUUUCUCCUUCGUCACGGUGAGGAGCGAACAGGGCACUUGCGGGAUCAGGAACGUCGUCCGGGAAAGCAAACAUCUGAUUCUGGCCUGUGAGGUGCUGGAAAACCAGUGCGUGCCGGUCCAUUUUGAGGGAAACCCCAAAAGCGCCAAGCCCAGCAACAAUGCCAGAGGGUGCCGGGAUCCCGACACGAAAGGGCACGCCCCGAACCUGAAAGCAACAUGGCCGUGGUUGCUGUCGGCCAUGUUCGUCGUGGUGUGCCUGAUUUGACCAAUGGGAUGAAUCGCUGAAGAUUUUGAUGGUUUUAUUCACAUUUAGGACUGCCCCUUCAGCUGCUUUGAACUUUUUUUUAAUCAUUAACUUCUCCGCUAAAAGUAAUAGCUCAUUAGCAACGUGACAAGAGUUUCCAAAAAUGCCGAACACCGUUUCUUCAACUCGUGUACAAGGAAGCAAGAAUUGUGACACUCCUAUGAUUGGUUGUGGGAAAAAAAGCAGUAUUUUGUUUUUUGUUUGUUUUUGUUUUUAAUGUAGUUAAAAAUUCACCUUAAUAAGUUUUCAGAACAGUUUUUAAAGAUUAACUGCAAAUGUAUUGUUUGGAAAAAGUUGAAUACUACUCAACUGGAUAGGCAGUGAUUAUUUCAUGGACCACCAGAGGGAGCUCACGUACCAUUAGUGGAACUAAUACUACACCGUGAGACUCACUGGUCUGGAGACAAUCUGGUUUAAAAAAAAUCGAUUUCUCAACAGAUCUCUUUGACCGUUUUGUUUUGUUUGCAAAUUAGGGACGCCCUUUUACUUCAAAAUAUCCCCUCAGGAAGGUGCUGCGGGCUGAAGUUCGAAGCUUCUCCAAAGUUGACACGGCCAAGUUUCCGGGAUGUUGCAAACAAACAUUACUGGUGAGAAUAGAAGUAGAACAGAUCAUGAUCUUCCUGAUUUGACUUGUCAUGGAAAAUUGGAAACCCUAUUGAAAUGCUCCUUUUUAAUUUUUUUAUUAUUAUUUUUUGGGGGGGAAACCACUUGUCCCGUGGCUAAUCUUUUCAAUGACAUGCAUGUAUCAUUUUGUUCGUGUGCUUUUUAGAUGCAAAGGUUCAUUCACAUCAUAUGAAUUGAUGUCUUUAACGGAAUGACAAAUAAAAAGGGAACUUGGGCUUAAA